AUGAUUUANAUUCAAGGAAUUCUUCGUGUCACAAUUAGAAAAUCCAAAAAUAUUUUAUUUGUUAUACAAAAACCAGAUGUUUACAAGAGUCCAGCAUCUGACACUUACAUCGUUUUUGGUGAAGCCAAAAUUGAAGAUCUUUCUCAACGAGCUCAAAUUGCUGCUGCCAAUCAAUUUAAAAAUCUUGGACAAAAUCCAACAGCAAAUAACACCACUGAUCAAACAUCACAAUCGAAUGAAAAAGGCUCAAGUGAUAAAAAUGCUAAUCAAUCAAGUGCGAAAGCAGAAACGAUUCAAGAAGAAUCUGAUGAAGAUGAACAAGUGGAUUCACAAGGUAUUGAAGAAAACGAUAUUCAACUAGUUAUGUCACAAUCCAAAGCCUCAAGAUCAAAAGCGAUUAAAGCUUUAAGAAAAUGCAACAAUGAUAUUGUCAAUGCCAUUAUGGAAUUGGCUGAAUAA